AUGUCAGGAGAGCAAUCUACACCGCCGCCUGGCAAUCAAGGAAGAACAAACAACAACAAUGGCAACAGUGGUGCUUCCAAUAUCAGUGGAGUCCAAUUUGGGUCCUUUGGUCAACAACAGCAGCAGCCAUCAGAGGUCAUUACGUUUGGUAACCCAUUCUAUCUCAACCCAAACGAAAACAUGGCUCAAUCUUUGGUUGCUGAGUUGUUUGAUGGCACAAAUUACACUAUGUGGAGUAGAUCUAUACAAGUAAUACUUAAAACAAAGAACAAACUGGGUUUCCUAGAUGGGUCAGUGGCAAUGCCUUCUAGGGAUUCAGAUAUGUUUGGAAUCUGGGAUGCCUGCAAUACAGUGGUGCUGUGCUGGAUCCAAAACUCUAUGACUAAAGAACUGCGAAGGGCAGUGUUAAAUCACAGCAGUUGUAAGAGACUCUGGGAGGAACUUAAGAGGCGUUUUGGACAGCCAAAUGCCAUGAGAAUUGCUAACCUGGAGGAUGAGAUUUUGGCUUGUAAACAAGGAACCAAGUCAAUUAAUCAGUAUUACACAGAGAUUAAGGGAUUAUGGGAUGAAUACGUUGAGUUUUGUCCUGUGGUUCCAUGUGCUUGUGCUCCAGGGUUACUCAUUCCUUGUGCUGCAGUAACUGCUUUUGUUCAAAAGCAGGAAACAGACUAUCUCAUUCGUUUUCUGAGAGGAAUCAACCCAGAAUUUGAAGUAAUCAAAACUCAGUUGUUGAUGCAAAAACCCCUACCAAGUGUUUCAGAGGCUGUUGAUGACUUACUACAGCAUGAACAGAAAUUAAAAGCAGAUGGAUUGACUGGUGGGAAGAAGAAUCAGUCAUUGGCUCUAGCUGCAGGGAGUCAACAACAACAGAAGGGUUCUGCAGAAACCAACCAGGGUAAGAAGUAUUGUCGCUAUUGUAAGAGGACAAACCACAACAUUGAAGAUUGCUGGUGGUUGAAGAAGAAACAGGGAGAACAACAGAAAGAUGGGCAUUCAAACUCCAGUUCAAGUUCCAGUUCUAGCACACCAAGAUUUGCUGGUUCUGUUGCUCAGAGUACUGGAAAUGCAGCUGGUGAUCAUUAUCCUGAAGGUAAUACAACUACUGAAGGUAUGAACCAAAAUUCAUUUGCUUUCACUGCAGAUGAAAUGGCUCGUCUCAGGAACCUGCUGCAAGUUGGUACUAAUGCCUAUCCUUUACCUCCUACCUCCCCAUCCAUCAACCAUCAAGCCUUUACUGUCUUUCAACACCCCACAUCAUUCCCUAACUUCUCAGGUAAACAUGUCACCUUUUCCUCUCACCUUGACCAAACCAGUAAUUCCAACCUGUGGAUAAUAGACACAGGGGCUUCAGAUCACAUAGCUUGCUCCCUAAACAUGUUUACUGCUCAUAAGGAAGUUAAGGAUACUUAUGUUUUCUUACCUAACAAAACCAGGGUCAUUGUAACCUGUAUAGGCACAGUCCAAUUACCCACUGGUCUAUCUCUUUAUGAUGUACUUCUGGUCCCUACCUUUUCUUUCAAUCUCAUCUCAGUCAGCAAAUUAACCCAUGAUCACCCUAUUUCCUUACACUUUCAUUCUGAUCACUGUGAAAUUCAGGACCUUCUAAGCCAGAGGAAGAUUGGUUUGGCAAGAGAGUGUAGAGGUCUCUACCAGCUGGUUCUUCCUCAAAGUUCUACCCCUUUACCUUCACCAACUUUCCACCAAGCUGCCUCAACCUUCAACUACCAGACACAAGACCUUCACUUAUGGCAUUGGAGAUUAGGACAUCCUAGUCAUGAUAGACUUUCUUUGCUUUCCAAGACCAUCCCUAAUGUAACUAAACAGAAACCAUUACAUUGUGAUGUCUGCCAUUUGUCCAAACAACACAAACUGCCUUUUCCAAUUAGUACCAAUGCAGCACCUGAGAUGUUUCAUUUACUGCAUAUGGAUAUUUGGGGACCUUUAUCAGUUGUUUCUUAUGAUGGUUAUCAGUACUUUCUUACAAUAGUGGAUGAUUGCACUCGUUGUGUUUGGAUUUAUUUAAUGAGGCAUAAAAGUGAAGUAAGGGGCUUAGUACAAGGCUUCUGCAGUUUGGUUAAAAAUCAGUUUGGGAAAUCAGUUAAAUCCAUUCGCAGUGAUCAAGGCAAAGAGUUUCAGAUGUGUGAUUACUUCUCUCAAGAAGGCAUAGAACAUCAGGUUUCCUGUGUAGAAACCCCUGAACAGAAUGGAAGGGUAGAGAGAAAACACCAACACAUUCUUAAUGUGGCCAGAGCCUUAAAAUUUCAAUCUGGACUGCCUCUAGAGUAUCGGAGUGAGUGUGUUUUACAUGCUGUAUACUUAAUCAAUCGCACACCAACCCCAAUUCUACAAAACAGAUCACCAGUUGAAGUUCUUUUCCAGAAACCAGCCUCUUUGGCACAUUUGAGAGUGUUUGGUAGUUUGUGCUAUGCAUCUACCCUUGCUCAUGGGAGAACUAAAUUUGCCCCCAGAGCCAGACAGUGUGUUUUCUUGGGAUUUCCAGCAGGAAUCAAGGGCUAUAAGGUUAUGGAUAUCCAUACCAAACAGGUUUUUGUGUCAAGGGAUGUUAUUUUCUAUGAGAAAAUACUUCCCUUCCACUACCCUGAUGAAUCUGGUUCACCAGAUUCUACUACUUCUGUCUCUCCAUCUAUACCUGUUGCCCCAUCACCUGCUCCUGGUUUACAUGUAUCCUCUCCUCAGUUUCAUCCAUCCAUGGAUGAAAGGGGGGAAGCUGAGUCUGAAGCUCUUGCUGAUGACCAGUCACCUGACAGUGUACCAAGUAUACCAACAAGUUCUCACAGCCAGCAUGAACACUAUGACUAUUUUGAUUCUGAUGAACAGGAGUUGGUACAACAAGCUGAUGUUGACUGUGAUAUUUUGGUAGAUCAAACAAUGGAGAACAGACCUCGAAGGAAGGCCACACUUCCAAGUAAGUACAAGGACUAUGAACUUGACCCAAACAUUACUUUUGGCACCUAUGGGAAAUCAAAUUCCUGUAGUAGACACCCUUUGUGCUUGAAUGUUGAUGGUUUGAGCCAUAAUGAUAGAUCCUUUGCACUGAAUAUUAUGAACCUAGUAGAGCCUAGGUCAUACUAUGAAGCAAUCAAAUCUGAUGCUUGGAAUAGGGCUGUAAACUCAGAGUUACAUGCCCUAGAGGAGAAUCAGACUUGGGAUGUUGUCCCAUUACCCCCAAAUGUUAAAGAGAUAGGGAACAAAUGGGUAUUUAAAUACAAAUUCAAGCCUGAUGGAUCCUUGGAAAGAGAAAAGGCCAGACUGGUAGCCAAGGGCUAUACACAAGUCUAUGGAAUAGACUUUCUGGACACAUACUCCCCAGUAGCUAAGAUAAACACAGUAAAAACCUUCCUAGCAGUUGCAAGUUUGAGGAAUUGGACUUUGGAACAGAUGGAUGUGUCAAAUGCAUUCUUACAUGGGGAAUUGGAUGAGGUGGUUUACAUGAAAAUCCCAUUAGGACUGAAAGUGAACUCAACAGGAAAUCAAAGGAUGACUUGCAGAUUGAAAAAGUCCCUAUAUGGCCUAAAACAAGCUUCCAGGCAAUGGUUUGCAAGGCUUACCAGUUUUCUACUGAAGUUGGGUUUCUCUCAGUCAAUGUCUGAUUACUCACUUUUUACCAAGUGGACGCAUGGAAGGAUAACAGUGAUACUGGUGUACGUUGAUGACAUCUUAGUUGGAGGUGAUGCCCAGAAGGACAUAGAUCAAGUGAAGACAGCCUUAAGCAGAGAGUUCAAAUUGAAACUUCUAGGGCCAUUGAAAUAUUUUCUUGGACUAGAAGUGAUCAGGGAUCAAAAUGGUUUGAAUGUGUGUCGAAGGAAAUAUUGUGUGGACUUAUUAAAGGAUACAGGUUAUUUGGAAGCAAAGGGAUGUAAGACUCCCAUUGAUACAAAGGUAAAGCUGAGUUCCAAGGGAACUUUGCUAAAGGAUGGUGAAGUUUACAGAAGGCUGGUUGGUAGGCUUCAUUAUCUCACAAUUACAAGACCAGACAUUGUAUUUGCAGUACAACAACUCUGCCAAUACCAAAGGAAUCCUUGUGAGGAACAUAUGCAGGCUGCCUAUAGAGUAUUAAGGUACCUGAAGUCUUCACCAGAUCAGGGCAUUCAUUUCAGCAACACAGCAGAAGAGAAAAUAGUUGGUUUCAGUGAUUCAGAUUGGGCAAGCUGCCCUGAUACCAGACGUUCCAUCACAGGAUAUUGCACAUUCCUUGGCUCUUCACUUCUUACAUGGAAGACCAAGAAACAAACGACAGUCUCAAGAUCUUCAUCUGAGGCUGAAUAUAGAGCCUUGGCACAUUUGGUUUGUGAGAUAGAGUGGUUGAAAAGACUGCUUGCUGAACUGACAGUGCAGGUACCACUUCCUAUUCUUGUAUAUUGUGACAACAGGUCAGCUAUUCACAUAGCAGAAAACUCUGUUUUCCAUGAAAGAACCAAGCACAUCGAGAUAGACAUCCAUGUUACAAGAGAUAGGAUUAAAGCUGGUUUAAUCAAGCUGCAGCAUGUUGGGACAGUGGAGCAGUUAGCAGACAUCUUUACUAAAGGUUUGGAUCGUUUCAGAAUGAGAGAAAUCAUGAGCAAGUUGGGGAUUACAGGUGCACCACCAACUUGA